GUGACGCAGCCACACGCAGCGGCGGAGACGAUCGGCGCCGCUGGUGCUGCGCGAGUCGCCGCUGAAGUUUGACGGUUCACCCAGCGACAGGUACACAUUCGCGGAGUCAUGUAGGCCCCGUCGUCGCAGCAGCCCCAACAAAACAAACAAACAAACAAACAAAUCCUUGACGGGAUAUCUAGAUUAGUCUGGAGGCUUCUCUUCUGUAGGAGGGAGGACCGCGCAGCGCAGCGCAGCGCUCAGCGCCGCGCGUCGACGCCAGGAACCGUCCGGGAGAUGGACGGGGGGAGGACUGCGGAAACCGGGGAUGGCGGGACCACGAGCGAGGCGCUGGCGGCCGGCCUCAGCCUACAGCUGGACCUGGAGGACCCUGAUUCAGCCAAGAAGGCUCAGACAACAGAGAUGCCGUCCCCAUUCGGAGUUGGCCUCACCCAAGAGAAAAAGAUUGGCCACAGGAGGGUGGAUGCCUCUGGAGAGACCACAUACAAGAAGACCACCUCCUCUGCCUUGAAAGGGGCCAUCCAGCUGGGCAUUGGAUACACUGUCGGCAACCUCAGCUCCAAGCCCGAGAGAGACGUGCUGAUGCAGGACUUCUAUGUGGUCGAAAGCAUCUUCUUCCCCAAUGAAGGCAGCAACCUCACGCCAGCCCACCACUACCCAGACUUCCGGUUUAAAACCUACGCUCCCGUGGCCUUCCGAUACUUCCGAGAGCUGUUUGGAAUCCGACCAGAUGACUACCUGUAUUCUCUAUGUAACGAGCCACUGAUCGAGUUGACAAAUCCAGGGGCUAGUGGCUCCAUAUUCUACGUUACGCGCGAUGAUGAGUUUAUCAUCAAAACGGUCCUGCACAAAGAGGCAGAGUUUCUACAGAAACUGCUCCCUGGAUACUAUAUGAACUUGAACCAGAACCCCCGCACUUUGCUGCCAAAGUUUUUUGGCCUCUACUGCGUCCAGUGCGGGGGGAAGAACAUCAGAGUUGUGGUGAUGAACAAUAUUUUACCACGCUCCGUACGCAUGCACCUCAAGUUCGACCUCAAGGGCUCCACAUACAAGAGGCGAGCUUCCAAGAAGGAAAGAGAGAAGUCCAAGCCCACAUUUAAAGACCUGGACUUUCUGAAGGACGUCCCUGAAGGCCUCACUUUGGACCAAGACACAUACAGUGCUCUGCUCAAAACGCUGCAAAGAGACUGUCUGGUUCUGGAGAGUUUUAAGAUUAUGGACUACAGUUUGCUGCUCGGGAUCCACAACAAGACCCAAGCAGAGAGAGAGUAUCAGUCCCAGGGCUCGCCUGCGGGCGGUGGGGAUGAGAAGAGGCCUGCAGCCCAGAGAGCCUUGUACUCCACUGCAAUGGAGUCUAUACAGGGAAGUUCCACAUGCAGGGACACACUGGACCACGAUGACACUAUGGGCGGUAUUCCAGCUGUUGGUAGUAAGGGAGAGCGCCUCCUGCUGUUCAUCGGGAUUAUUGAUAUUCUGCAGUCCUACAGGAUGAUUAAGAAACUGGAGCAUUCCUGGAAGUCUCUUAUCCAUGAUGGGGACACGGUGUCAGUUCACAGACCUGGUUUCUACGCUGAGAGGUUCUACAAAUUCUGUAACACCAUCGUGUUCAAGAAGAGCUGCUCGCUGAGAUCCUCUCCAUCUAAGAGGGGCCGGGGGGCUCUCUCCAUGUCCAAGUCCAGUGCCGGAACCGAUUCAGCAGGCCACCGACCCUCAGUGAGUGAUGAGAGACAGGACAACCGGGACAACUUGGAGAACCUGCGUGGAGCUUACAGCUUCCCCGGUCUGGAGGACAACGGGAGAGAACCCCCCUGCACUCCUCCGUCUUUUGAAGAUGCCACCACUGCGUCUAUUGCGACCACACUUUCCUCGAACAACUCCUUACCCACCACCCCCUUCGAUACACCAGAGCACCCACGCUACCGGAGACAAAUGAAUUCACCGAGUGUGGUCAGGUCACAAAAAGAGAUAGUCGAGGUUCAUGGGGAAAAUCAGGACACCAUAACAGUGGAGGUGGAGCUAAGUAAAAUCCCCAAGAGCACGGAGCUCACACAGAUGACAGAGACGACCUCUCCCAGCCAUCUUUCACCUGAUCAUCAGCCCGGCGCCUUUGCUUCAUCCUCUCCUCCCUCUGUCAGUCCAUCCUCAGCGUGUUCCUCCUCUAUCCCUCCUCCGUCCUUUGUUCCUUCAUCCUCCACUGCCCAAUCAGCGGGGACGUCGUCCUCCACACCUCCUUCGUCCAUCUGUCCGUCCACCGAACCACUCGGCUCUCCCACAGCUGCUCAGUCUUCCACGCUUUCUUCUCAAAGCGCCCAAUCCACACUUCCCACCUCAGCAAGCGCCUCCACGCUCCCUCCUGCCUCAGCAUUUACUCCCAUCUGCCCUGCGUCUCCUCGCUCCUUUCACCACCUCCCCUCGACGCCCCCCUCCUCUGUUCCUCCGAGCCCCCAGGUGCCUCAGCAGGUACCGCGCACGUCGUGCAAUCAGCUGUCUUUGUCCGGCAGCCACAACUCACUGGAUGGAGAGGUGCAGGUGUCCGACAUCUACUUUUAUGCAGACGGCAGAUAUUGGGUGUACUCUCCAGUUCUUGGCCGUCGUAAGCUAAACUCUAGCUCAAGUUACAAUCAGACCCAGGAGGAUCGGAGCUGGGUGUACUCUCCUCUGCACUCCGGCUCAGAGUCCAGAAGGGACUCGGAUGGGGAGAGCGAGACAUAACUCUCAGUGGAGACAGCAGUGACGGCCUGUCUCUAUACACAGAAACUGAGAGGUUUCCAAAAUUAAACCACCGGGACACUAUCAAGAUUUGAUGCUGGCUGCCCAAGCUGCACGUGGACGCUCGCUUUGCUAACUGUGACGGACCGAAGGAAGGAAUUAAGAAGUAUUGACUAACACACAAACACACACACACACACACACACACACACACACAC